AUGGAGUAUGAACACCAGCUAAUGGCGAUGCAGAUUUCACCGGCGGAUGCCCAUGGGACCACUCCAGGGAAGGAACAGCAGGCUGCUGGGGUUGGCAUUCUUCUACAGAUCAUGAUGCUCGUCCUCUCUUUCGUCCUCGGCCAUGUCCUUCGGCGCCACAAAUUUUAUUAUCUUCCUGAGGCCAGCGCUUCCCUUUUGAUUGGUUUAAUUGUCGGUGGACUUGCUAACAUCUCUAAUACGGAAACUAACAUCAGGACGUGGUUCAAUUUCCACGAGGAAUUUUUCUUCCUAUUCCUCCUACCUCCUAUCAUAUUAUAUCCUAACUUUCCCUCCGGGUUCAGUCUCUCACCUAAACCUUUCUUCUCUAACUUUGGAGCCAUUGUCACUUUUGCUAUCCUAGGAACCUUAAUAUCUUCAGUUGUUACUGGUAUUCUAGUUUACCUUGGUGGUCUGAUAUACCUCACGUACAGACUUCCAUUUGUAGAGUGCUUGAUGUUUGGUGCUCUUAUAUCAGCAACUGAUCCAGUCACUGUCUUGUCCAUCUUUCAGGAACUUGGCACAGAUAUGAACCUGUAUGCUUUGGUGUUUGGAGAAUCCGUUUUGAAUGAUGCUAUGGCAAUUUCCUUGUACAGGACAAUGUCCUUGGUGAGAAGUCACGCAUCAUCUGGACAGAACUUCUUCAUGGUUAUUGUGAGGUUUCUUGAGACCUUUGUGGGUUCCAUGUCUGCAGGUGUUGGAGUUGGAUUUACUUCUGCUUUGAUAUCCUUUUUUAUCAAUAAUUCUUGCACUAUGUUUCCUUUAAAAAAGCUUUUAUUGUGGAAUAACAUGGUUGUCUCAUUAUCUUUUCAGUCUUCAGAACCUGGAAUGCUGUCUUUUUGUCCUCUUUCCAUAUUUCUCCACUAUCUUCUGUCUAGUUACAUGCUUGCAGAAGGUCUUGGACUGUCUGGUAUUGUGUCAAUAUUGUUCACAGGAAUCGUCAUGAAGCAUUACACGUAUUCAAAUUUGUCAGAGAACUCUCAACGAUUUGUUUCUUCCUUUUUCCAUUUGAUAUCAUCACUAGCGGAGACAUUUGUAUUUAUAUACAUGGGCUUUGAUAUUGCCAUGGAACAACAUAGCUGGUCACAUGUUGGGUUCAUUUUUUUCUCAAUUAUAUUUAUUGGAGUUGCAAGGGCAGCUAAUGUUUUUUCUUGUGCAUAUUUGGUCAACUUGGUUCGACCUGCACAUAGACAGAUACCUUUAAAACACCAACGGGCACUUUGGUACAGUGGACUUCGAGGGGCAAUGGCUUUUGCCCUCGCUCUGCAAUCAGUUCAUGAUCUUCCAGAAGGACAUGGCCAAACUAUAUUCACUGCAACCACUGCCAUAAUUGUUCUGACGGUGUUAUUAAUUGGAGGUUCAACGGGUACCAUGUUGGAAGCUUUACAAGUUGUAGGUGAUGGCCUUGAGGGUACUUUGGGCGAAAGUUUUGAAGGGAACAAUGGCUAUAUUGCUCCUUCUUAUAACGAGGAAGCAUCAUCAGGAAACAGGAUCAAGAUGAAACUCAAGGAAUUCCACCAGAGCACAGCGUCAUUCACAGCUUUAGAUCGGAACUACCUCACACCGUUCUUUACAAGUCAGAAUGGUGAUGAAGUGGAAGAGCUUGAUGAGCCAAUGCCUAGCUCUGCAAGAGGGGGUUUCCAAGGUCAUGGCCAACAUUCUCGGUGA